GUAAAACUGUGGCUUAAGUGGUGUCACUGGUACUAUACGGUUGCAUUAUAUGAGGAGGUAUCCAUCGAUGAGAUGAUGGAUGUUCCUAUGUGUAGCACGACCUGGAAAAGAUCGAACAAAGAUUUUGAUUUAAUCAAGUUUGGUCUGAUCUGGAAGUGUUAUGAUAUGGGAGUCGGUUGGGAUUUAUCGACUACACCAAGCUGGUUGCUAGAUCCUAAUACCGUUAUCCAAUUCAAUAGGUGUAUAUAUGGUGGUAUUUCAGGAGGUGAUUUCAUGAUGGCACCGGUAGACUUACCAUCGCCAGUGAAAGGGCGCAGUUUAAGCCGAUCCUCGAGGUCCAGUAAAAGGUCACUCCUCAUCCCGAUCUUAUUAAAGGAGGAAGUAAACAGAUCAAGGUUUCUACGUACUUCCGUUAUGGAGGGUGCGGGCAAGGGGGACAGCGGGGGAGGCCGGCUCCAUGACCCCG